AUGACGCCUGUGAAGACGAAAUACACGAAGGAAGAAAUCAGUAUGUGGACGCCUCUGCAGUUUGCGGAGGUGACAGGUGCCUGGGAUUUCGUCGAAAGGAUGCUGCGAGCCGGAAAAUCGUUGCGGGAGCUGAAGGUGCUGCCGGAAGCGCUGAAGAGCACGAGCGAGGCCGUGAAGCUGGUGAACGUCUUCUGCGAAAACGAGCACUUGUCGCUGCUGAGGUACGCGCUGUCGGAGCAGCCGGAGGUGGCCGGGGCGCGCAGCGAGUCGGGGCUGACGCCGCUGCACGUGGCGGCGGGCCGCGGGCGGACGGCGGCGCUGCGGCUGCUGCUGCGGAGCGGCGCUGCGCACGUGGAGGCGGGCGACCGCUGGGGCCGCACGGCGCUGCUGCACGCCGCGGCCGGCGGCUACGCCGACGCGCUGCGCCUGCUGCUGGCCGCGGGCGCGCGCCACGACGCGCGGGACUACACGGGCCACACGGCGCUGCAGUACGCGGCGCGCGCCGGACACGGGCCCGCCGUCCGGCUACUGUGCGACGCGGGCGCCGCCCAGGACGCCGGCAGGUCAGCUGCUGCAACCAGCUGA